GUCGACUGCCAGCUGGCUUGCCACUAUUGGCCGCCUCAAUUGCAAAGGCUACACAUCCUGCCAGCAAAUCCAGAAAAUGUGACCCCUGCAGCACUCAGCACCGCGUGCUCGCCUACUGCCUCGUCAGUCCACGAGAGUGGGUGCCGCUUGCGCAUCCCAGUGAUUGGCUCUUGACACUACCUCGCGGCCCAAGGGCACUAACUCUUGGGGUUGGGUCAUCUGAAGUGGUUGUCGCAGAUUUAAGCAAAGAAGCCCGCCAUGGCCGGAGAAGAGGUGAAGAGGAGGAAGACUCAUCGACACAAACAUGGUGAUACUGGAAUGUCAAAAUCCCGCAAGCGGUCCGAGGAUGACAGUGCGACAUCAAAAUCACCCGCCACCCCCAAUGCCCCCACCGAUAUCGAUGCCGUCAGAAAAGCCAGACUCGCGUAUCUAGCCAAAUCUCCCGAAGAAAGACGAAAAGACAUGAAGUACGAGUAUGUGAAACGGACGAAGGCGUCGCAAGUAGACGAAGAGAAAGACAAGCGCCAAAAGCCUGCCCAAGUCCGACUUGUUGGCCGAGAGGAUCGAAAACCCGAGCGACGCUCCACAACGCGGACAGACAGCAAUCGAAGGGGCGCUGCGCAAGAUGACAGUGAAGACGAAUACGUCUAUACUAGGACCGAAAGAGCGUCGGGCGCAGGCACACACGCAGCGCAAACGGAAGCACCUCGCGCCCAGAGGACGAAAUCCCAAGGUCAAGCUACAAAAAAGACAGAAGUGACACGGAAACCGCCAGAACGACGGCACACGGAGCCAGCGAGAAGAAAGGAGGUUUAUGUCUUUGAAGAAGCGCCUUGCGAAGAAGUCGAACUGCAGCCGCCACCACGUCGACCGUCGGGCAUGGUGGAGAAAGCACAAAAGCCCGAAAUCAAGAGAAGUGUUACAACGGCAAAACCCAAGGCCGAAGCGGGCGUCGCAAAAUCUUCGGAGAGCACAGGAACGCCCAAGAAAGGAUCGGGUCUGUUGAACGGGCUCCUGCAGUCUAAGCCAGCGCCGCAAAGAAAAGUCUCCUGUCUAACUUGCGGUGACGAUGAGAUCCCAGUCGCGCAGUCUGCUCUACUCCCCUGCAAGCACCGCAUGUGCAAUACAUGCCUCAAGCGGAUUUUCAAGAUGUCCGUCAGCGAUCCUGCGCAUAUGCCGCCUCGGUGCUGUACGGAUCAGCACAUUGCCCUCAAGCAUGUCGAGAAGUUGUUCGAUGACAAGUUUAAGGUAUUGUGGAACCGCAAGUUUCAAGAAUACAAAACCAAGAAUCGAGUAUACUGUCCAGGUCGGAAAUGCGGCGCUUGGAUCAAACCGCACUAUAUCACUAUCGAGAAUGGGCGUAAAGUGGGACGUUGCAAACAAUGCAAAACAAAGGUAUGCCCGAUGUGCUCCCAGAGGAUGCAUACCACGCGCGAAUGCCCCAAGGACCCGGAAACAAAAGCUUUCAUCGAGACGGCGAAAGAGAAGGGUUGGCAAAGGUGCUAUAGCUGUCACGCUAUGGUCGAGUUGAAAGAAGGCUGCAAUCAUAUGACAUGCCGUUGCACUGCGGAGUUCUGUAUGGUAUGCGGCUUGAAGUGGAAAUCCUGCGACUGUCCUUGGUUCAACUACGACGCUGUUGAUGCACACUUGGGAGAUCCUGUGCGAUAUCAACAAGAAUUGGACAGACGUCGGGAUCAGGUCGACCGCGACGAAGCGCUCGCUCGACGCAUGCAGCAAAUGGGUAUAGCCGGCGAUGGUGACGGCCAAGCUGCGCGCAUGUUUGGAUUGGGGAAUGGAGCGAACCACCACAUGAACCAGAAUUUCAUCCAGCAAGCGCGUGAAGCUUUGACGGCAAAUUACGCACAAGCGGGCCAGGCCGCUAUGGGCCUUUUGAACGGUUUCGUCAGGGGUCGAGAGAACCCCCUGCCUGGCAUGCCAAUGGAGAUGGAGCAGAUGCUGGAAAUGCUUGGCCAAGGAGGCCACAUGCGCGACCCAGCAGAGGGUGCCAACCCAGGGCGAAGGACAGGGCGACGAGCGACAAAUAGACGAAGACAGGCGGGGCUCGACGACGCAGGAGGAUUCCCCGGCCACAUGGCAAGAGGAGAGGAGAGGCGAAUUCAGGAGUGGGCAAAUGACAGGGUUUGAUAUGGCAGGGACUGGUCCGUGUUGAGGUAACGACUAGAUACGACUGGGCUCAUGAAUAUGGUUUUCAAAUGUGGACGGGCAGACGGGGAGAUGGGUGGGCGUUCGAGGUGGUAGUCUUUAGCUUUUGGAUACCCACAGGCAGCGGGAUACGGUGUUGGAAUGUCGACGGCUCCAACGAGAACCGCAUGAAUGCAUUCAGGAUCUAUCAUGAGGUGGUGUAUAUGGAUGGCAGGCCCGACGCUCCUGGGGCUUCAUACAUGCAAACAUAUUAUGUGAUCGAUGUAACUACUUUGACGAGAUGCAAUGACUCCCAGAUUUCAUGGCAAUGCUUGGUUUCUGUGCAAAGAGAACAACUUUUUAUUCG